CCGUCCACGUCAUUCAGAAUGUAAACAGUUCGUAGUUUAAGCUGACUUUCCCGGAUUUAAUUGUUUUACAUUUAGAAUAACCAAAAAACCUAUAAAAAAUGAAAUUCGCGGAUGUGCUGCGUCGCUUGGAUGCCUAUCCACGGACUUUGGAUGAUUUUAGUGUUCGGACAGUGGGCGGUGCAGCUGUAACGAUCAUAAGCACAAGCAUCAUAAGUCUUUUAAUAUUUCUGGAAUUCCUUAAUUAUAUGCGACCCACACUAAAUGAGGAACUCUUUGUGGACACCACUCGGAAUCAUAAGCUGCGCAUCAAUCUCGAUGUGACGUUACACAAUUUGGCCUGUAAUUAUAUAUCCCUGGAUGCCAUGGACUCCUCGGGCGACACCCACUUGAGGGUGGAUCAUGAUGUGUUCAAGCAUCGAUUGGAUCUGAAAGGAGAACCCCUAAAAGAGACUCCCAUUAAGGAAAUUGUGGCCGUUUCGCCGGCCAAUAAGAAUAGCACCUGUGGUAGUUGUUACGGAGCUGAGCAUAAUGCUACCCACUGUUGUAAUACGUGCGAGGAUGUUCUGGAUGCCUAUCAUCUGAAAAAAUGGAGUGUCCAAGUGGAUAAACUUGAACAAUGUAAAGGCAAAUAUAAACGCACCGAUGAGGAUGCUUUCAAAGAGGGCUGCCGCAUACAAGGACAUUUGGAAGUCAAUCGGAUGGCGGGCAGUUUUCAUUUUGCCCCUGGUAAAAGUUUCUCCAUACGCCAAUUUCAUAUUCAUGACUUUCAGUUUAGCAAUGUGAAACUUUCCCAUACCAUAAAUCAUCUCUCCUUUGGUGAAAAAAUUGAAUUUGCCAAGACGCAUCCUCUGGAUGGACUGCGAGUGAAUGUUGAAGAGUCCAAGAGUGAAAUGUUUAAUUAUUAUAUAAAAAUUGUGCCCACACUCUAUGAACGGAACAGCGAUGGCCAACCCAUCUAUACAAAUCAAUUUUCGGUUACCCGCUAUCGCAAGGACUUGACCGAUCGGGAACGCGGAAUGCCCGGCAUAUUCUUUAGCUAUGAAUUGUCUCCUCUAAUGGUCAAAUAUGCCGAAAGACACAAUUCCUUUGGUCACUUUGCAACCAAUUGCUGUUCCAUUAUUGGUGGCGUCUUCACUGUGGCCGGCAUUUUGGCUGUCCUGCUGAAUAACUCAUGGGAGGCCAUCCAGCGUAAACUGGAAGUUGGCAAAUUGAGCUAACAAAGGAAAAUCUCACUUCUUCACCAACUGCAAUCUCUUUCUUAUUCCAAAAAACAUAUACAAAUCCGACUAAUCUCUAAAUAAAAGUGCUUACAUUUUUAUAUAAGAAAAA